AUGCAGCAACAAGCUCCAGCCUACUUCAAAUCGCGCAUAGAGCCCCGCGCAACGCCCAAUGCGCCGAAGAUUAAACUCAAGGAGUGGGAGCUCGAGAAGCAAUUGGGGUUUGGAGGUACCUUUGGUAUCUGGCAUAUGUACUCUGGAAGGAACAAGAAGUCCAAUGCCUUCGGGACGGUCUUUGUUAUAGAGAAGAAGCUCGUCGAGAAGUUUGUCUUCGGGAAGGCAGACAACCUCUCUAAGCAGUUCUUCAGUUUCAUCAACAAAGACGCGGCAGUUCCCGGGAAGAAUGCGAAGGAAAUACUGAUCAUCCUAGAGCAGCUCCAAGAAGAAAAUAAUUGCCUCUACUAUGUCACCGAGCCGCUGGUUGGCACCCUUUCUUCCCUUUAUAAGCUGUUCGGCCACACAUGCCUGAACGUCAUUAAGCGUAAGGCAGACCACGAAAUGCUUGCCAACGCUAAUCCUCGCAUCUAUUCUGCGAACCCAUUCACAAAUCUACUGCAGUAUGUUCAGCCAGACUCCAUUGCCUAUGGGUACAUGACACUGCUCCGCUCUCUGAGCAUUCUCCAGAACGACGGAUACGUCUUCGGCAACCUUACCCCUGCGAACAUAGCCAUCACUCCGCGCGGGGAGUGGCGCCUGGUCGGCUUUUCGUGUUGCCUUCCAGGGGGGAUCAACUUUGAAUUCUCUUCUGACUCCGGCGCCCUCACUCGGCCGUGUGCACACUUUAUGAGUCCGUCCAUGCUCCAGAACAAAAAGGCGAGCAAGGUUUCCGACGCCUUCCAGCUUGCCUCGUGCAUUUACACCAUCUUUGGUGGACGCCCGUGCAAGUACAGCAGCUCAUCCCCCUGCAUGCAGCAUAUGAGCACCGAGGAGCUUUGCGAGGAGAGUGCCAAGAUGUUCGGCGCAAGUUUACCGACCACUACAAACGUCAUCAGCCCCGCGGCGGCAGCCCAGAAUGCGGCAACCGUUCCGAAAUGGUAUAGCAUGACACAGACUAUUAAUGCCACCGAGCAGGUCUGCCUUUCCCAGAUGGAAGCGGCGAUGCCAAGCCUGUGGGCUGCCUCUCGUGAGGAGUGCGAUUGCGGUCAAAUGUAUACAGAAUUCCUGUCCAAGAACUCCGUCGCUCGCGUGGCCAACGAGAUCAUGGAGCUCAAGAAGGAGAUGGUGUUUACUGCAUCGACCCCAGCGAAUAGCGGAGACUCAAACAUCAUGGAACGAACGGUUCAGUUCCUGACCAAGAUGCUCCCCAUAUGCCUGGAAAAGCGGAUGUUGAGUGUCGAUCUCACCAUGGCGGCUAUAUGGCCUCGUAUCGUUAGCAUGUUGUCUCGUAGAGACAUUUAUCGAUACACCGUGCCUCUUCUGAUCCAGUACUCCUACAUGUUAGAGAUCCCUGCUGACCAGCUGUACAUCCUGCUGGAACCCAUUGUUCUUGCAUGUACACUUACGGACCACCGCUCCAAGUUUCCUGGGACCCACAGCACGCAGCAAGCGUGGACAUCGGGUAUCGAAGUCUAUGGAAGGCUGUUCAUGUACCAGACACCGUAUAUGGAUAUACCCAUGGAUAAGUCAACGAAGGAGCGCACUAAGUUUAUUCCCAACUUCGAUAAGCAGAUAAACACAGACCAGGAGAGCGUAAUCACCACGGUGAUCUUCGUGCUUCUGGAGUAUGCCUCCUUCUUCACGAACAAGAAGGUUGGGGCUCGCUCGCAUUAUAGCUAUCUUAACUUUUUGGUUUCCUGCCUCUCGAGCAAGAAUGCUAUGAUUCAGGAGAAGGCUCUGGCUGCAAUUGCUGCGUGUGCUCCGUUCAUUGGUGACGUCACGUGCUGGAUGAUGGACCAUUCUAGGGAGUCGUUGAUGGCUGGUACGGCGGCUCAGCAAGCCCCAGAGAAGCAGGACAAUACUAUAUCGACCUUCACUGACAGGUAUACCCAGCCGUUUGUUAAGUCCCUGACUCCAAAAAUCAUCGGGCUCAUGGGUGGGUCCUCUACGGACGCCAUGAUGGGGUCCUGUCUCCGAUGUCUUGCAGUCAUCAUUGCAUAUCUUCAAGAUAACGAUAUUGCAGAAACAGUUCUUCCAGCCAUCUACGGAAUGAUAGACCCCAUCAUCAAGAGUCCAAAGGCCGUCGUAUACUUCGCUGAAUUCACCCAAAAGGUCUACACGCGAUGCACAGCUAAGUCGAUAUCUAUGCUGUUUCUCCCGGCGCUGCUGAAGGGCAUCAAUCAUCCUGGCCUCGAGACAGCACAGGAUCUUGAGCAGAUCCGCAGGACGUGCAGCGAAUGCUUCAAUCUUGUAGAUAAAGACGCAUAUUCUCGGGUUCAGAAUUUCAAGCCGCCGACAAACCCGGCUGCCCAGACACAAGCUGCAGCACAGCAGCCGCAAGUUCAGCAGAACCAGAUGCAGCAACCAAUGCAGCAACAGUACCAGCAGCCUAUGCAACAGCAGCAACAGCAAAUGAUGCCAGAGCAGCAGCCUCACAUUCCUCAAGCAGCACCCCAAGCAGCCGGCGGUUAUGGUGAGGUCACGCAAGGCCAUGUUGAUAACACGGGGGUUGAGGGUACAGGAUACAACGCAUGGGGCCAGAACAACGACGGGUACGGCGGAUACAAUGCGCAGAAUACUGGCUACGGCGGAGGCUACGAUAGUGGAGCUGGCGGCUAUGGUGGCUACGGGAACUAUGGCGGUUAUGACUCUGGGACAACCGGUGGCUACGAUUCCGGGGCGACCGGUGGGUACGGCGGUUACGACAACACCUCCGGCGGUUAUGGUGGGUACGACAAUACGUCUGGCGGGGGCUACGGCGGCUGGUAA